UUUCUUCUUUCUAUUUCUCACCAUUAGGCACCAUGGCCAUACAGACUGACUUUAUUCGACGAAAACUCGUGAUUGUCGGCGAUGGCAACUGCGGCAAAACUUCACUAUUAAGCGUCUUUACACAAGGCUACUUUCCAAGAGAAUAUUUCCCCACUGUUUUCGAAAAUCACGUUAAAGAUAUCGUCAUUGACGGAAAAGCGAUCCAGUUGGCUUUAUGGGAUACUGCAGGACAGGAAGAAUACGAGCGUAUCCGACCCCACUCUUACGUAAAAGCCGAUGUGAUCCUUAUUGCUUACGCCAUGGACAGUCCCGACAGCUUGGAAAACGUCGCGGCCAAGUGGAUCGAGGAAGUGAAUAAAGAAUGCCCAAAGGCUCCUGUACUACUGAUCGGUUGCAAGAAAGAUUUACGCGACGGUACUCAGGAUCCGUUGGCGGAAGAACACGUCGAAAGAGCGCGUUCCAAACAUACAGGUGAAGCGCGAUAUGUACAGCACAGUGAAGCAGAGGAAAUGGCAAGGAAUAUUGGUGCCACCAAUCAUCUUGAAUGUAGUGCCCUCACCGGCGAAGGGAUCGAUAAUGUGUUUGAGAUGGCCACAAGAGCCGCUCUAUUGAAUCGACCAGAAGAAAAAAGCAACAGUGGUUGCUGCAUCAUUCUUUGAUAGUCUAUUACAAUUUUAUUCCCAUCAACCACAUCUCGGAAACCUUGAUUUUCCUAUCUCUCUCUAACUCUCGCUAUCUCUUUAUACUCUUCGAAAUAAUUACCAUCUGAUUCAGCAAUAUAUGCUAUUUCUUAUCCAUGCUAUCCUAGCACCAUCUCCACCAUGCCAUCAACCCAACACUUGUUCCGUUCUGACGGUUUUUGUAGACCGUUCACUGUUGCAUCCCAAGCUCCCACUGACGUGAAUGAAUAUGGUUACAAGACCUAUUCGAUUGGACCAUGCAGUGCUAUUUUUGGGGUCCACAUUUUUUUGAUUCAAAAUAUUGUUACACAACAGAGAUAAAAAAA